CGUGUCGACACAUAGUAGUAAGUGGUAACUACACAUACGAAUAUAUCGUCUUGAAUACCUAGUACCUGAGUUUCUUGCACUCAUAGCCAUACUCAUAUUCGGCGCCGCAUCUUAUGAGCUAGCAUCUCAUUCUAAUUGACGACGGCGUAUCAAAAUGACACAAUGUCUGGGUCAAAUCAGGACCGGACGAAACGAGUCGAUCUUAGUAUCAAUCGCUUGAUUUCGCAGCUGAUACCUGAUGACCUCCGCUUGAGCGACGAAGAUGCGCAGCAGAGACAUGACUUAUUCUUUGACGAGAUCAAGAAACAGUUAAACGAACCUAGACCGCCUCCUCUUGCCGACCAAAAUCAUGCUUCCGAACUUAUCAGGCGAAGACUGGUUCAAACGAACCCGAACCAGGCCUUGCGCUAUUCCAAUCUUUACUCGAGGUUGUUGGCGCUGCCUGUACUAAACCAGAAAUGGGCAAUGUUGUACUUGCUCUACCAAUUGGCCGACUCGCCUGAUCCUAGUGAACCUGACCCCAUUGCCUUCGCUGAAUUUCAGCAGGAGCAAGCCAAGCGAAGAAAGCAAGAGGAAAGAGAGGAGUUCGGCGCCUCGGCUGGUCCUUCCAAUCAAGGAGGUUCCAAGACACAUAAACGUGGCAGAGACUCUGACAACUACAAUCCUACCGAACUUCGAGAUGUACUGAAAAAUCCAAAAGAGAUGAAGUCCGUUGAUGGUGAUCAACCGCGGCCUACCACAAGCACCAGCGACUAUAAACGUAAUAGAACACCCAGGGAUUCUGCACCAACCACGCCCAAGCGAGAUGUUGCCAUAAAGUCAAAGCUACUGGCAGACAAUUACUCCGAUAUCGACCCUUCUGAACCUGCUCUCCUCCGAGAUCUCCCGUAUACCCUUCAGGGGCUUUCCUCUACUACUCUCCCAUUUGGCAAAGACUACUCCCUUAGGCUACCUUCUACUCUCCCUCCUCCUAUAAUAGGUAUUCUCCAUUCACUGGCUGAGCCAUCCCUUCUCUACCGUACCCUUGAGGAUUUCGUUAAGACCCCCACCAAAGGGCUUGUAGGCCAAAGUCUUCGGGCAGCUAUAAGCAACGAAUUACGCUCAUACCUAACACUCGUAGCAACACUAGAAGGCCAAAUUCGACGUGCAUUGUCUACUAUAUCCGAAAAUGCCCCUAGAAGCGGCAUCGGAAAGGCUGGCGUCACCCUAAAGCGUUGUGUCGUCUGGACGCGCGAAGCAACUAUGGGUCUGCGUCUUAUGACCAUGAUCGCCGAAGAAUCCAAGAGUAAAAAAGGUGGCCAGCUCAUCACCUUAAUUCAUGGGCUUUCUUCGUCCCAUGGCGACCCCGUAGUUGGCGCAUUCGCCGAGCGUCUACUCAUGCCUGUAACUCGCCCUUUCUACGACAUACUACGCCACUGGAUCUACGAUGGCGAGCUCUCAGACCCAUACCUCGAAUUCUUCGUGCAAGAACAGUCGUUAGAUACCAUGCCCAAAGGUAAAUCGGGAUCUACCAACGUAUGGGAGGAUAAAUAUUUCUUGGAACCCGACAUGACGCCCUCCAUCAUCACCGAGGAGUUCUCCGAGAAGGUCUUCCUGAUCGGCAAGUCGCUCAACUUCAUCCGCCACAGCUGUGGUGACGCCCAGUGGGUCGAGUCAUACUCGAAAGAGUCCUCCAAGGAGCUCCGCUACGGCGACACUGCUACCUUGGAAACUUGGAUCGAUGAGGCUUACAAGACGACCAUGCGCCGCUUACUACACCUCAUGACCAACAAGUUCCACUUAUUCGAGCACUUACAAGCUCUCAAGAGCUACAUCCUGCUGGGUCAGGGCGACUUCAUCGCGCUGCUCAUGGAAUCGCUGGCUGCUAACCUCGACCGCCCGGCCGGCGCCCAAUAUCGGCACACUUUGACGGCCCAGCUCGAACAUGCCAUCCGCGGCUCUAACGCACAGUACGACUCCCCCGAGGUUCUACGCCGCCUCGAUGCCCGCAUGCUACAGCUGUCGCACGGGGAUAUCGGCUGGGACUGUUUUACGCUCGAGUACAAGAUCGACGCCCCUGUCGACGUCGUCAUUUCCGACUGGGGCAACCGCCAGUACCUCAAGGUGUUCAACUUCCUGUGGCGUAUCAAGCGCGUCGAGUUCGCCUUGUCGUCCACCUGGCGCAAGGUCACCACCGGUUCGCGCGGCGUCCUGCAGACGAACCAUGCCUCCGUGGCCCAGGCCUGGAAGACGACGCGCGGGUUCUUGGCGGAGAUGGUGCAUUUUGUGGGACAACUCCAAUACUAUAUCUUGUUCGAGGUCAUCGAGAGCUCUUGGACCGAGCUCCAGGAGAAGCUAAAGAAGGAGAACGCGACCCUAGACGACGUCAUCUUCGCCCACAGCAACUACCUCAACUCCAUCACGCACAAGGGCCUGCUCGGCGCCCGCCGCCGCCGCUUCGUGUCCACUUCCGCGGCCAACAUCAGCAACCCCAGCGUCGAUGAGGACGAUAACAGCUACAUGAUCCAACUAGGCGAGCUGCUGCGCACCAUGCUCGCGUACCGCGACUGCGUCGACGGCCUGUACUCGUGGUCCGUGUCGGACUUCAUGCAGCGCCAGGAAGCCGACCUGCGGCACGAGCCCGCGACCCCUGACGACGACGACGAAACCCCGGGAGGGCCCCACAGCGAGUUCCCAGCCCUGCAGGAGCGCCUCAAACACCUCGGGGACAGGUUCCGGACGAAGCUGCAGAUACUUCUCGGGGACCUCGCCUACCAACCCGACGUCGACCUCAGGUUCCUGGGCGUCGCAAUGAACUUUAACGACGUUUACCAGCCCGUGCGCCGCAAGCCUAAGGGCACGCCUGGGCCGGCAACCGCGAUGAAAGGGGGCGGCGACGGGGCGUCGGCUAUGGCUGGGAAGGGCGUGGCUAAGGGCUGAAAUAGGCUGAUGUCUGGUAACAACACGAAGCAACAUUAACCAAGACAUGCGGUGCUGAACACCUCCCUAGUAGGCCAACUUAUCGCCGGCUUAUCAGCUGCUCUGCCAUAAGUCGAAUCCACCUACUCUAUGUACCUAUACGGGUCCAACUCGUAUCCGUAUGGCAGGGGUGUCGAGGCGUCUCGAACUGAGGCUACGAGUAAUAGAUAAACAGAAGAAAGAGGAGAAAAGAAAAGAAAAGAAAACUCGCGUUUUUUUUUUUUUUUUUUUUUUUUGCUUUACGGCCGAGAGAUGAUGUAACGUAACGAAAAGGCGUGAAACAAAGUUGGGUUUGUCUACGAUAUUACGAUGCACAGAAUGGCGGGCGGGAUCUAGGCGGUUGGCGGAGUUGGUAGAUAGGUAGGCAGCUUACCGAUUAGCCUACGAAGACGAGACGAUCAAGUGAUCGUAGUCGGCUGGUUGGGGCUAUGGCAACUUGCGCCUUGGUAGCUGGUUUAGGUGAUCGGGAGACUUACCUCGGAGUGAGUGUCCAGCAUACAUGUAUCUAACCUUACUAUCAAUGAGAGCCGCUUCUAUGAACGAGCUGACUUAAUAUUCACACUUUAAACCCGCCACAAAACAUUCAUUACGUAGGUACCAA